AUGAAUGAAGAUUCGGGUGAUCUGCAGGUAGUAUUAGAUGAACAGUUAAAUAAUAGCAGCUCUGAAGAUAGCUCAUCUUAUCAAAGAGACACUGUUACUGACACAGUUCAACUAGAAGAUCUUCAAGAAUCUGCCAAAGAAGCCGCUGAGCAACUAUUACGUGGAACACUCGUAACCCGUAGCACAAAUGCGGAUGGUGAAUCCAAUGCAGUGUCAAAAAUUCCUAAGAUACAAUUAAAUUAUAAGAAUGAUACCUUUUUGCUCUUCGAUUACGAUGAUAACCAAUAUAAUGAUGAUGACGAUGAUGAUGAUGAUGAUAACAAAUAUACAGGAAAUAAUGGGCAAGAAGUAGAGGCAAACGACUUCCCGGUGAUAUUUGAAGAUGUGACACUUUUGCUCAAAACAUGUACGGAUUCAAUGAAGAACAUUCGACAGUUUCUAGAAGUUUUCUAUGGAAAGUUGGCAUUUCUUACGAGCGAAAUUCUUUUAGACUUUGAAGUUUUGAAUCUUACAUUGUGUGAAGAUAAUAUUUAUAAUUCUUACGUCACCUUUAAGGAUAUUGGAAUGAUAUUUGAUAUUCUUCGAGAGAACUCUAUUAAAGAAGGAAAUAAAAAUGCUCCAUCUGUUUUACAAGCAACUGUUAAAACUAGAGAGAGAUUUGUUAGUCGUUAUAACACACUUGUAGAGUUAACCCAGAAUUCUGCAACCUUAGCAAACGUAGUGCCAUUCACUAACGAUGAGGAACAUCCAGUGUUAUUGGAAGAUAAUGAUAAUUCAGUAAAUCCUUCGAAACCAAAAGAGGUUGUUUAUGUGAAUUUGGAUGACGACGAAGAAAAUGAUAUUAUCGAAGCCAAUAAAAACACUGAACAAAAGGAUCAGACUCAAUAUGAUGAUGUAUAUGUAGAUGAAAUUGAAAACAAAACUAGUACCUCCAAGGACUACGGUGAUAAGUUACUGCCUCAGAGUUAUGCAGGCUUGCCUUCUGGUGAAAUAAUUGUAUCUAACAAUGACCAACGCCAGGAAGACGAUAAUAUGUCUAGAACUGAUGAUGAUGGAGAUAUUGAAAUUGAAGAGACACUAUAA